AUGGCGUCAUAUCCAGCCUUCAUGCGACCGCGACUAUUUGUUAUCUAUCUAUGUCCUUCUGUUUUAAUUUCCUAUCUAUUUUAUCUAUCUAUCUAUCUAUCUAUCUAUCUAUCUAUCUAUCUAUCUAUCUAUGUCCUUCUGUUUUUAUUAUCUAUCUAUCUAUCUAUCUAUCUAUCUAUCUAUCUAUCUAUCUAUCUAUCUAUCUAUCUAUGUCCUUCUGUUUUCAUUAUCUAUCCAUCUAUAUUAUUCGGUUUUCAUAAUCUAUCUUUCUAUCUAUCUUAUUUUGCUUUCAUUGUCUGUCUAUCUCAAUCUGUUUUAAUUAUCUAUCUAUCUAUCUAUCUAUCUAUCUAUCUAUCUUAUUCGGUUUUCAUUUCUUUAUUUUUUUUCUUUAUUUCUAUUAUGUUAAUAAUGAUUGACCAGACCCUUUCGUUUUUCUAUCUAUCUAUCUAUCUAUCUAUCUAUCUAUCUAUCUAUCUAUCUAUCUAUGUCCUUCUGUUUUCAUUAUCUAUAUAUCUAUAUUAUUCGGUUUUCAUUAUCUAUCUAUCUUAUUUUGCUUUCAUUGUCUAUCUAUCUCAAUCUGUUUUAAUUAUCGAUCUAUCUAUCUAUCUAUCUAUCUAUCUAUCUAUCUAUCUAUCUAUCUAUCUAUCUAUCUAUGUCCUGUUUUCAUUAUCUAUCUAUCUAUAUUAUUCGGUUUUCAUUAUCUAUCUUUCUAUCUAUCUUAUUUUGCUUACAUUGUCUAUCUAUUAUCAAUCUGUUUUAAUUAUCUAUCUAUCUAUCUAUCUAUCUAUCAAUGUUCUUCUGUUUUUAUUAUCUAUGUAUCUAUCUAUUUCAUAUUUUCUUUCUUUCUUUCUUUCUUUCUUUCUUCCUAUUAUAUUGACAUCUUUAACGUCAAGGAAGCAUUGA